UGCACAAAGUAGAUGUCCUAACCGACUUGCCAAAACUAUAGUUUGUUAACAAGACAUUUGUAGAGUGAUUGUAAAACGAGUUUGAAAGACUCCAACCUAAGUGUAUGUAAACUUCUGACUUCAACUGUACAUUCUUUCUGCAGCUUUCUACAGCUCUUCUGUGAAACUUUUCAAAAACCAUGUAGCAUAUAUUGCUGACGAGUCUAAAAUAACAGGCUUAGAUGUCAGUGCUCACCCUUGGGGAGCAAUGCCACUAAUGCAACUUCCAUACUUCCCUUACACCGGCCCCCAUAUGCCCUGAGUUCACAGUAAACUAUCAGUUCUACUGUGUGGGUUGUGGCUCCCUGGAAGUGCAGAUUACUUUUAUUCUGGUUUCCUACUUGAUAUAAAACACAGGUGUCUUAUUCUCGCCAUUUAUUUUCAGAGACACACCACUCAAUUCUUAAUGCAAUUAGAAGCUACUGCAUAGCUGUUAGACAAGCACUCACUGUCUGGUUGGACGUCACUCUUUGGGCAUUCUCUUGCUAUCUCCUGCAGUGUUUGCAGAAGCAAGAGGGCUGUGAGAACCCUGCACCUGAGAAACAGGUGACUAUCUCUCAAUACAAACAAAUGGAGACACACACACACUGCCACUGGAAUAAGAGAUCCGGAAUGGAGAAAGGGGUGGGGGUAACAGUAAUACACUAACAUUAGCGCUAACACACAGUAUCCAUAUUAGUGAGUCACAGUGAAUUCACAGGCAGAGCUGUAUUGAAUGGAGCGGAGUGGCUUCUCUGAGGAAGUAAAGCACAGUAGCAGCAGAACCCCUGUUGUUGGGACAUGCAUGGUGUAGCUACAAAAGGACUUCCUCUUUUCAGAUUUAGCACUGCUACCAGACCAUGCAGAGCCUCAUCAGGGAGGCAGAAACUGGGGAAGAGAGGCAAGAAGCAUCAUUGCAGAUAACGGAUUCCUUGGACACCGCCCACACGUACCAACCCUGGGAUUCGGUAACUCACCUGGAGACGGCGCUGGGUAGGACAGAACCUCGGCUGUUGGAAUGGAACAGCAGAUUGGACCAAAGUUUCUCUCCACUGCCCAGAGUGACCAGGGAGUCAGUGAGACAGUAUCUGCAGUUUCCCCCUGACCAAUCUGUGCGAAUACUCCAUGCAAAGGUCGCCCAGAAAUCAUAUGGCAACGAGAAACGGUUCUUCUGCCCUCCUCCUUGUGUUUACAUCAGUGGCUCAGGAUGGAAACUGAAACAAGACCUUUUGAAUGCGACUGGUGCAGGGGACUCCUGCUACAGACUCUAUGGUUAUAUGGGCCUGGACAGCUCCUGUGUGGCCCAGGCAGACACCUCCAAACUAGCCUUCGAGGACCAGCCUGAUGCCAGGAUGUUUGCCUGCGCCAAGUCCCUGUACAUCUCUGACACAGACAAAAGGAAGCACUUUCGCCUGGUCCUCAAGCUCUUUCUUGGUAACGGGCAGGAGAUUGGCUCCUUCCUCAGUAAGCUGAUCAAAGUUAUCUCCAAACCGUCCCAGAAGAGGCAGUCUAUGAAGAAUGCUGACUUGUGUAUUUCCACGGGGUCGAGGGUGGCUCUGUUCAACCGCUUGCGGUCACAAACGGUCAGCACACGUUACCUGGCCGUAGAACGAGGGGCCUUUGUAGCCAGCGCCAGACAGUGGACUGCAUUUACAGUCACUCUAGUGGAGGACCAGCAUGCUGACUCAGAGGAGUUCACGGUGUGUGAGGGAUUCAUCUGCUACGGCUGUGUGGUUCAGCUGGUCUGCACUGACUCCGGGGUGGCCCUGCCCCCCAUGGUGAUCCGCAAAGUGAACAAGCAGCACGCCAUCCUGGAUGUGGAUGAGCCCGUCUCCCAGCUUCACAAGUGUGCCUUCCAGUUCAAGGACAACAGCCAGAUGUACCUCUGUCUGUCUAACGAGAGAAUCAUACAGUACCAGGUUUCAUCCAGUCUGAGGGAGCAGAGCAGAGAGGUGCUGAACGAUGGAUCAUGUUGGACCAUCAUCGGUACAGAGGCAGUGGAGUAUACGUUCUGUGAGGGCUUGGCCUGCGUUCAGGGCUCCGUCAGCCCAAUACCUGUCAUCACAGGACUGGAGGUGAAUGGUGGAGGACAUGUAGCCAUGCUAGAAGUAAAUGGAGAAAACUUUGGUCCCCAUCUGAAAGUUUGGUUUGGAAAUGUGGAGGCAGAAACUAUGUUAAGGUCACCAAAGUCCAUGCUGUGUGUGGUUCCAGACGUGUCCGUGUUCAGUGGGGAGUGGAGAUGGCUGCGGCACCCCAUCACCGUACCUCUGUCCCUCAUCCGUCUGGACGGUCUGAUCUACAGGAGCACCUUCAGCUUCACCUACACCCCUGAACACAACACCCCCCCGCAGGCCAGAGGGGCACUGCAAAAUGCCCCAGAGUCUGACACUCUCAUAGACUUCAUCCACCAAGAGUUCACACGCACCAACUUCCACUUGUUCAUGCAGAACUAGCUAGUAGAGCUGGGCUGCAUUACGAUUCUUUACCCUUCUCCUGAGGUGUGCACUCAUUCACUCCCCCUCCUGCAUUUAAAAGCAUUGGAUUGGAGCAAGCAUGUUUCCACCAUAUUCCUGAGAGCAGCUCAUUCCUUUUUUUCCCUUCUUUUUUUCCCCCACAGUAGGGUUGUUUCACAAAUAGAGUGCUUUUUAUGUCCCUCAGGAAUUAUGUAUGUACAUUUUGCUAAACACUCAAUUGAACAGUUGGAUCACAUGCAUACAUAGUGCUCCCGAGGCUCCCGAGUGGCACAGCUCUCUAAGGCACUGCAUCUCAGUGUUAGAGGUGUCACUACAGACCCUGGUUCAAUUCCAGGCUGUAUCACAACCGGCUGUGAUUGGGAGUCCCAUAGGGCGGCGCACAAUGUGCCCAGCGUCAUCUGGGUUAGGGUUUCGCCGGGGUAGGCUGUCAUUGCAAAUAAGAAUUUGUUCUUAACUGACUUGCCUAGUUAAAUAAAGGAUACAUUUAAAAAAAUGAAUACAUCAAUGCAGUUAAGUUACUACUGUUUUCAUUAAAAUAAGUUAUUUGUUUUCUCUGUAAAUCCCCAUUUUGGCAUGUCCCACGUCAUGUACGUCCAACUUCUAGGAAGAAGUUAACCCACUUAACCCCAAGAUUUCACCAAGUUUUUACUAUCAUUUUGAAGCCCUAGUUAUUUUGUUGCUUUGGGAAAGAAAUUUCGAACGAUUUUGUACUUAUAUAAUGUGGUUAGUAAUUAAUGUGCAUGUGUCCCUCAGGUGAGCUGGUUCUACUCUUUUUGGACAUUUCCUGGUAUUUUGUAUUGGAAAACUAAGCACGUUGAGCCUAACACAUCAACCCUGUUAUCCAUAGAUAGAAAUGUAUUAACAAGUAAGCAUUUUUGUUAAGGUUACAUAAAAUUGCCCCCCC